AUGAAUGGACAGACACCUGAAGUAGAUGGAACAGAAGAUGAGAUGAAUGGACAGACACCUGAAGUAGAUGGAACAGAAGAUGAGAUGAAUGGACAGACACCUGAAGUAGAUGGAACAGAAGAUGAGAUGAAUGGACAGACACUUGAAGUAGAUGGAACUGAAGAUGAGAUGAAUGGACAGACACCUGAAGUAGAUGGAACUGAAGAUGAGAUGAAUGGACAGACACCUGAAGUAGAUGGAACAGAAGAUGAGAUGAAUGGACAGACACCUGAAGUAGAUGGAACAGAAGAUGAGAUUAAUGGACAGACACCUGAAGUUCCCCUCCCUAAGGGUGUAUUGCCCUCGGAGGGGAGCGGAGCCCCAUUUGCUGCGGUGGCAAUGCUGGGGGGUGUGGGGGCCCUGGAGGAAGAAGAGGAGGAAGAUGAAAGGAGAAGAGUGUUUGAGGAGCCGUUGUGUGCUGUGGUCCAGAACUGCACCGUUCUACACAACAUCGUGGGCCCCGCCUGCAUCUUCCUCAGAGAGGCGUUCAUUCAGAGCCAGCUCGACAGAGACCUACGGCCAGAAGAGAUUGAAGAGCUGAAGGAGGCGUUCGGGGAGUUUGAUAAGGAUAAAGAUGGCUACAUCAGCUGUAAGGAACUGGGAGAGUGCAUGAGGACUAUGGGGUACAUGCCCACUGAGAUGGAGCUCAUCGAACUCAGCCAGAACAUCUGUGGCGGCAGAGUGGACUUUGAGGACUUUGUGGAGCUGAUGGGUCCUAAAAUGUUGGCAGAGACAGCAGACAUGAUAGGAGUGAAGGAGCUCAGGGAUGCUUUCAAAGAAUUUGACUCUAACGGGGACGGUCAGAUAAGCCUGGCUGAACUGAAGGAGGCCAUGAAAAAGCUGGUGGGGGAGCAGCUCAACCAACCAGAGAUCGACGAGAUCCUCCGAGAUGUCGACCUCAACGGGGACGGCCUGCUCGACUUCGAGGAGUUUGUCAGGAUGAUGUCUCGCUGACUUGCCUGGCCAGAACAUCAUGAUGACAUUACUUUUAGAGACUAGUAAACAACAAAACCUCCUCUGUUAGAUGUUAUGGACCAGUCCUCAGUAUAUUGUUGAACAUGUAAUUACAGUAUUAUUGAUGUACAAAUAUUUCAUGUUGUUUUUAGGGUAUUUGUUCUAACUUAUUUUCAUUGCUAUAGCAACAAUUCCUCCUAAUACUGUAUGUUUUUGUUGUAUAACUGUAACAUUGUAAAAAAUAAUAAUAAUAAUAUUUGUAAAGUGCUUUUCAUGUAUUAUGUUCAAAGUGCUCCGCUAUGUUAUCAGUUAGUAAUGCUUUUGUAUAGUUUCAGCCAGUAGUUUAAAAAGCUCACGAGCCAAAAUGGGUCCCCUUAAAUGUUUCUUACAGCAUCCAUUUUGUAUGAUUUGUUACGUCUUACAAAACAUCCAUAUAAAAAUGUAUAUAUAUAUACACAGUUGAAGUCGUAAGUUUACAUACACUUAGGUUGGAGUCAUUAAAACUCAUUUUUCAACCACUCCACAAAUUUCUUGUUAUUGAAUUUUGAACCAUUCCUCCUGACAGAAAUGGUGUAACUGAGUGAGGUUCGUAGGCCUCCUUGCUCGCACACACUUUUUCAGUUCUGCCCACAAUUUUUCUAUAGGAUUGAGGUCAGGACUUUGUGAUGGCCACUCCAAUAUCUUGACUUUGUUAUCCUUAAGCCAUUUUGACACAACUUUGAAGUAUGCUUGGGGUCAUUGUCCAUUUGGAAGACCCAUUUGCGACCAAGCUUUAACUUCCUGACUGAUGUCUUGAGAUGUUGCUUCAAUAUAUCCACAUCAUUUUCCUGCCUCAUGAUGCCAUUUAUUUAGUGAAGUGCACCAGUCCCUCCUGCAGCAAAGCACCCCCACAACAUGAUGCUGCCACCCCCAUGCUUCACGGUUGGGACGGUGUUCUUCGGCUUGCAAGCAUCCCCCUUUUCCCCUCCAAACAUAACGAUGGUCAUUAUGGCCAAACAGUUUUAUUUUUGUUUCAUCAGACCAGAGGACAUUUCUCCAAAAAGUACGAUCUUUGUCCCCAUGUGCCGUUUCAAACCGUAGUCUGGCUUUUUUAUGGCAGUUUUGGAGCAGUAGCUUCUUCCUUACUGAGCGGCCUUUCAGGUUAUGUCGAUAUAGGACUUGUUUUACUGCGGAUAUAGAUACUUUUGUACCUGUUUCCUCCAGCAUCUUCACAAGGUCCUUUGCUGUUGUUCUGGGAUUGAUUUGCACUUUUACGUUCAUCUCUAGGAGACAGAACACAUCUCCUUCCGUAUAAUGGCUGCGUGUUCCCAUGGUGUUUAUAGUUGCUUACUAUUGUUUGUACAGAGGAACGUGGUACCGUCAGGCAUUUGGAAAUUGCUCCCAAGGAUGAACCAGACUUGUGGAGGUCUACAAUUAUUUUUCUGAGGUCUUGGCUGAUUCCUUUUGAUUUUCCCAUGAUGUGAAGCAAAGGCACUGAGUUUGAAAGUAGGCCUUGAAAUACAUCCACAGGUACACCUCCAAUUGACUCAAAUUAUGUAAAUUAGCCUAUCAGAAGCUUCUAAAGCCAUGAUAUCAUUUUCUGGAAUUUUCCAAGCUAUUUAAAGGCACAUUCAACUUAGUGUAUGUAAACUUCUGACCCACUGGAAUUGUGAUACAGUGAAUUAUAAGUGAAAUAAUCUGUCUGUAAACAAUUGUUGGAAAAAACUAUUGUGUCAUGCACAAAGUAGAUGUCCUAACCAACUAUAGUUUGUUAACAAGAAA